CCUCCAUCUUAUGGUAAAUACCAUUUAACUUGUGUCUAACUCGUUCCUUAUUCUCACUCGAUUAGUAUUUUAGAUAUUCUAAAAUUAAUAUUUUCACUUUUCAUCUACUAUAUAAAACGAAAGAAGUUUCGAAAAAAAUUAUCAUUCAACUGUCCAAACCAACAACGAGAACAACAACAACAACAACUAAACGAAAACAUUUAAAACUUUUCUAUUAGAAAAAUGAACCAAUUGGUUGCUAUUCUUUUCUUUGCUCUUGUUGCCAUUUCUACAACAAUUAGUGCUACAAAUCACGGUGACGGAGGUCAGAGUAAAAUUUAUCGAAACCAAGAUGUGAGUGGAAAAUACAAUUUUGGUUAUGAUAUCAAUGAUCCUUGGGGAUCAUCCAACUACCGACAAGAAUCUGGUGAUGGUUGGGGUAAUGUCCACGGUUCAUAUGGACUUAAACUUGCCGAUGGUCGUCACCGAACUGUUAACUAUAUUGCCGAUAAAAGUGGAUUCCGAGUUAAAUUGGACUCAAACGAACCAUCUGUUGACUCAAUCGACUCUGCUGAUGCCAUUUACAAUGGUGCUGAUCCUUCUGGUCACAGUUACACUAAUAUUAUCUCAGGAAACAAGGGAAACCAUUACAAUCACCAUGAUGGUUACAAUCAUGAUGGUCGUCAUCAUGUUGGCUCAUGGAACAAUGGAAACCAAUACCCAAACCAAUACAACAAUUACAACAAUUACAAUCAACACCGAAACCAAUAUCAAAACCAAUACCAACAUGGUCCAUACCACGGACAGAAUCACGAUUCAUGGAAUAACAAAGAUUCAUGGAAUAAUAAAGAUUCAUGGAAACAAGGAAACAAACACGACAAUUGGGCCAAAAAUUAAGACCUUUUUGUUAAUAAUCUCAUCUUCUCCUCUUGAACUCUAACCAAUUUCAAUCUCUUGUAUAUUUUGAUCGCUCACUC